AUGGUCCACCCUAUCCUCCACCAUGUCUUGCCUAAAACCCCUUUGAUUCUCAAAAUCUUCAACCUAUAUAAACACUUACCACUUCACCAUUUUCUGACACAAUCCACUUCUUUGCCACCACUCACACUAGCUAUAAACAAUAUACAUAAAGUUUUUCUUUCUUUAAAGAUGAAUUGGAGUAAUUCAACAAGUGAUGGUAAUAGCAACAAGAAGUUUAAGGGAGUUAGACAAAGAAAAUGGGGGAAAUACGUAUCGGAGAUUCGUGUUCCGGGGACUCAAGAACGUUUAUGGUUGGGAACUUAUGCUACACCUGAAGCUGCUGCAGUUGCACAUGAUGUCGCUGUUUAUUGUUUGAAGAGACCUUCUACGUUGGACAAACUCAACUUUCCUCAGAUUUUGUUUUCUUAUUGUAUCCAACAGAGAGAUGGUUUGAUGUCUCCUAGGUCUGUUCAAAAGGUUGCUUCUGAUGUUGCUAUGGAUGUUGAUGCUAGAAACAUUGCAAACCAAACGACAACAACUUCGGAUCAAUCUCAUCAUGUCCACAAUGUUGUUGCUGAUGAUGAUGUGUGUUGGUGGGAAGGUUUAGGUGAUGAUCAAGGAAUGACACAAGUUUCUAACGAACGAGAAGGAUUGAGCAUUUCCAUUGAAGAUUAUUUAUAG